ACAGGUCAAACGACAUCAAACCUAGAAAAGUGGAUAAUGGUUUUCUUAUCGACCCCAGCAUACUAAUAAAACCCCAACAGAACCCUCAAGAGACUAAACAAAAUUGAACGACGCUGAAGAGGCGACCCUAGAAAGAAAGAUGAUAAUUCCAGUUCGUUGCUUCACCUGCGGCAAGGUCAUCGGAAACAAGUGGGAUACGUAUCUCGACCUUCUCCAGGCAGAUUAUACUGAAGGAGAUGCACUUGAUGCAUUGGGUUUGGUCCGCUAUUGCUGUAGACGAAUGCUUAUGACUCAUGUGGACCUCAUUGAAAAGCUUCUGAACUACAAUACUUUGGAGAAGUCUGAGACCAGCUGAGGCUGCUGAUGGAGUGACUUGAAGUUGUUUUCUCAUAUACCCUGUCGCCCUUGCUUGUCAGCUUCUAUAUUGUAAUAUAUCAUGAACGCAUUCUUAUUUAUUGAGUUUUGUUUUAGGAUGGAACAUCAUUGCAAAUCUGGCACCUGGGCUGGUUGUGCAUAUAGAUUAGUUGUUGGCACGUUUCAUGGAUAAUUAUGUGCAAGAAUAGCUAGCUGAGAUGGUGAAAUAUCAAAUGCUUGGGAUAUUGUGUUUCUU